GAUCUGAUGAUUACGAUAAGCUAUCGGCGAAAGUAACGCGUAUACACAUCAGCUCCGAGUCUGAAUUCCGCCUCGGAGUUCACGAUCAGGCCACACCAGAGCGAAUGGAAGGAACGGCUGAGGCUUCUGUUAUAGAAGGCAUAGCAUCUAACGGUCUUAUAAAUCUCAUUUUGCAAUGGCAUACGUUCCAAUCAUCGAUUUCUCGCCUUUCUUGGACCCUUCAUCAACUGAUGAAAAUAAGAAGAAGACCGCUUUAGAGAUCGAUAAAGCAUGUCGAGAAAUUGGAUUCUUCUAUCUAUCCAAUCAUGGUGUGGAUGAAGAGCUCAGGGCAGCAAUGUUGAGCAGGGCAAAAUCAUUCUUCGAGAACGCUACAGAAGAGGAGAAGAAGUCGAUUUCUAUCAAACCAGCUGGGACAGAGAACGGAGACGAUGCACGUGGAUUUCAGAAAGUUGAUGGGAGAGGAAAGGGUGCUCAUGAGGUUGUUGAUUUCUUCAGACCGGUGGAAACAAGUACUCCACCUUAUGAGACGGGACUUGGACAGAAUUUGUGGCCAUCUACUCCUAAUGAUUUCCGGGAGGUGUCGGAGAAGUAUAUUGAUGCGUUAUUUGCUCUUGCUACGAAAGUGGUGCAGGCUCUUGCUUUGGGCUUAAGUGUUGAUGAAAGUAUCUUCAUGAGUAGGAUUGGAAAGGCCUUCUGGAAUUUGAGAGUCCUUGGGUACUAUCCAAAGCCAGAAGGUAGCGUCGUUGGUAUUGGAGAUCAUACGGAUUUCGGCAUCUUGACAUUUCUUCUGACUGAUCCUCAGAAAGACUCUUUGCUGGUUCUGUCAAAAGACGGAAACUGGGAGCCAGCAGAUCCAAUACCAAACUGCUUCCUCUGCAACAUCGGCGACAUGCUCUCCAAAUGGACAGACGGAAUCUACAAAUCAACACGACACCGAGUUCUCCACAACUCCGACACGAUGCGGAUUUCAGUCCCGUUCUUCUUCGAUCCAGACUGGGACGCAGUCAUAUCUCCGGUGUUACCGCUUGACGUUGAACACCGUGAAGACGAGGGGAUCCUUUAUCGUGAGAAGUUUGUGAAGGCUAUCAAGUACUCGGUCGUAACGUAAGGAGCUGCAGAUACAAUUAGCUAAGAAUCAGUUCAGAACAAUCGGUAUGCU